GAGGACCAGUCGCGCUUGUAGCAGCAAGUCAAAGACCGAUAGUCCGAUUCGAUUCGGACUCUCUGACUCCCUCCCGAUGCCGCUUCCGCCGAUCGCCCUAGCAUCCUAAUCUAGCCGCCGAAUACGACGGCGAAAAUGAUGUCGUGGAACGGCGCCAGGGACCUGGUGACCACGUUGGACGACAUCCCGUUCGGGACGGGGUCGUGGUAUCUCUACGCCGGCGUCUCGUGCCUGCUCGUCCUAUUCGCCGGGAUCAUGUCUGGCCUCACCUUGGGAUUGAUGUCGCUCAACCUCGUCGACCUCGAAAUCCUCCAGCGCAGCGGUAGCUCCACCGAGAAGAAGCAAGCCGCUAAGAUACUGCCCGUUGUGCAAAAGCAGCACCAGCUUUUGGUCACUCUGCUUCUCUGCAAUGCUUGUGCCAUGGAGGCGCUUCCUUUAUACCUUGAUAAAAUCUUUAACCCAGUUGUUGCUGUUGUGCUGUCUGUAACUUUUGUUCUGUUAUUCGGAGAGGUUAUUCCACAAUCUAUAUGCUCAAAAUAUGGACUUUCAGUUGGUGCCAAUUUCAUUUGGCUUGUUCGCAUUCUUAUGGUCAUCUGUUAUCCGAUUGCAUACCCAAUUGCAAAGGUUCUUGAUAAGGUACUUGGACAUAGUGAUGAUUUGUUUAGGCGGGCUCAGUUGAAGGCCCUCGUCUCUAUUCAUGGCCAAGAGGCUGGUAAGGGAGGUGAACUCACGCAUGAUGAGACAACGAUCAUCAGCGGAGCCCUGGAUUUAACUGAAAAGACCGCAGAGGAAGCUAUGACACCUAUUGAAUCAACAUUUUCCUUGGAUGUUAAUUCAAACUUAGACUGGGAAGCAAUUGGGAAAAUUCUUGCACGAGGUCAUAGUCGAGUCCCUGUCUAUUAUGAAAAUCCAAAAAACAUUAUCGGCCUUCUUCUGGUGAAAAGUCUUCUCACUGUACGAGCAGAAGCAGAGAUUCCAGUCAGUGCCAUUUCAAUUCGAAGAAUGCCUAGGGUUCCUGCAGAUAUGCCGCUGUAUGAUAUACUUAAUGAGUUUCAAAAAGGAAGCAGUCACCUGGCAGCUGUAGUGAAGAGCAAAGGAAAGAGCAACCUUCUGGCAAUUCCUGACAUAGAGAAUUUCGAGGAUAAACUGGCAAAGUUAAAAUCUCAACUAGCUGCCUCCUUGCCAACCAAGCAAGAUGAAAAAUCAGGGAGUGUUUCUCUUGACAUAGAUAAAGCUCCAAGGUCUCUGAUAAACAACCCAACCGUUCAGCCAAAUGCUACAAUUCCAAAUUCAUCAGAGGACAUUGAAGCCGGGGAGGUCAUAGGAAUCAUCACCCUGGAGGAUGUUUUUGAAGAACUGCUGCAAGAGGAAAUUGUAGAUGAGACAGAUGUAUAUAUCGAUGUACAUAGGAGGAUACGUGUGGCUGCUGCAGCAGCUGCUUCAUCCAUGGCAAGAGCUCCAUCAACUCGGAAGUUGCUUGCAGUCAACAGAAUUUAUCUGAAAGGAGCUCUAAGCAAGCACGGGCAAACCCCAAGGAAGUCUGCCGAAGAUGAUGGGCAUUCGACGAGGUUUUCAGGGUCUCCACGAGAGCCUCUUCUAGGCAGUAGGAGAUGACAGACUUCAAAGUAGCUCCGGACUUCCGGUUGGAAAAAUUGGGUACGAAGUUGCGAUCAGCCGCGUGCGGAUAUUACAGUUUUAUCCAGAAGCUAGGGUUUGUAGAUUAUAGUGCGUGCAUGUAAUUCUGUCCAAGUUUUGGGAGUCUGUCCAUUUCUAGGGCUAGAAAACUAGAUGUGUCCUACUACUACAUCAAACCUAUUUGGGUUCCAAAAAAUCAUGAGGAUUUAGAUUGAAUAACGACGGCCGGAAAUUGAGAGGGCUGUGUGAGAGAUAAAAAUAAGCAUGUAGAUAGCGUAACCCUAAAUAUUCUAUGUUCAUUUUCCCCACAAACUCUCAAGAGUUGUCUUUUACGUUUGAUUAUUUGGAGGCUCUUGCAUUUUAUUGAAGGGGAAAAAAAUUAAGAUAUUAUGUACUACAAAAAGGGAGUUGAACUUGGAUA